UUCCUGUCAAGGAGUUUGCAAUCUGAAGGAACAAAAUCCAUACAAAAUAGCCAAUAGGAGACAUAACGUAAUGUGUCGAGGGAAGAUACAAAACUAUGAAUAAUGUGGGAAAAGAUCACUUUCAGCUGGGGCUUUGGGAAAUCUUCCAGGAGGAAAUAAUCUGAAUUGGGAUUUGAAGGGAUUACUACAGGUGGACACUUGCAGUAAGAGAUGCACGAGGGCGGGGGUGGGUUUGAGGAGCAGCCCAGUUUGGCAGAAGCAGCGUGAGGGUAGUCAACAGGAAGAGAAAAAAAAAAAAAAAAAUGAGGUCAUCUGUCUCUUUAAAAAUGGCGGUGCCUGGCGUACCUCUCCUCCUAUUGGUUGCGCGAGGCCGAAGGACAGCGGGUAGGAAGGGGGGAGCACGUGGUAGGAAGACAGCAGUCCAGCCUUCUACGGCAAGUCGAAGGUAGCAAGAUGGCCGCAGCGGAGGAAGAGAGCGCGUCGGGCACGGACCCGGAGAUGGACGAGCUUCUGGAAAGUGCCCUUGAUGAUUUCGAUAAAGCCAAACCCUCCCCAGCAUCCCCUCCUAUCACCACCGCCCCAGAUGCUUCAGGUUCCCAGAAGAGAUCGCCUGCAGACACAGCUAAAGAUGCCCUCUUUGCUUCCCAAGAGUUCUUCCAAGAAUUGUUUGACAGUGAGCUAGCAUGCCAAGCCACUGCAGAGUUUGAGAAGGCUAUGAAGGAGCUGGCUGAGGAGGAACCCCACCUGGUAGAGCAGUUCCAGAAACUCUCUGAGGCAGCAGGGAGAGUGGGCAGUGAUACAACAUCCCAACAAGAGUUCGCUUCUUGUCUGAAGGAAACACUCAGUGGAUUAGCAAAGAAUGCCACUGACCUCCAGAACUCUGGCAUGUCUGAAGAGGAGCUGACCAAGGCGAUGGAGGGGCUGGGCAUAGAAGAAGGGGAAGGAGAAGGCAAUAUACUUCCCAUUAUGCAGAGCAUUAUGCAGAACCUAUUAUCUAAGGAUGUAUUAUAUCCAUCACUAAAAGAAAUCACAGAGAAAUACCCUGAGUGGUUGCAGAGCCACCGUGAAGCACUGCCCCCAGAACAAUUUGAGAAAUAUCAGGAACAGCACAAUGUCAUGGGCAAGAUUUGUGAGCAGUUUGAGAAAGAAACAGCUGCAGACAGUGAGGCCACACAGAAGGCCCGAUUUGAGAUGGUGCUAGAUCUCAUGCAGCAGCUUCAGGAUUUGGGCCAUCCCCCAAAAGAACUUGCAGGGGAAACACCUCCUGGCUUCAAUUUUGACCUUGACAGCUUGAAUCUGUCGGGCCCUGCAAGUGCCAGUGGUGAGCAGUGCCUCAUCAUGUGAAAUUCUUCAUCCUUCCAUUCCCAUCUCCAGCCACAAGUGAACACCUGAAGUCAGCAGAGCUGUGGGGGGCCCAGGAGGGGUGGUGAUAUUUCACAGGAGCUGCCUAUCACACUUGUCUUUUGCCCCUUCCCCACCUCUUACCCCAGGACUAUUCCACAUUAGCACAGGUCCUUCUGUAGCCAUUAAGGCUGUUUCUGGGAAUGGGACCUAUCCAAACUGUUAUCAUUAAGUCUUUUGUUACUUCCAUCCCCUCUCAUGCUCUGCUGCUAGUGAAGUAUCUUAUCUCUGCCUGCUUACGGUUUUUCUGAACCAUGUUUUUUUGAUCCCAUCCCUAAUCUUCAAAAAAUAUUAUGUGCACCUGCUGUACCUGCACUGUUGCUUCUCUCUCUGUCUGCCAGGGUCUAUGUGCCUUGUUUCCUGUUCCCUCUGGAGUCUGGGUACUGUACCAGCUCUGGGCAUGGGACUUAGGGGGAAGAUUCUUGACUCUGAACACCAAUUCUUGGGCAUCUGAUCCCUCAGGGCAGAAAUCUUGAAACAGAGUCAGAAUUGGGGAAGGGAUACUUGGCAUAUUGGUGAAAAUAGGGUCUUUCUGGUCUUUGCCAGUCAUGAGUACUUUCCUCUGGAUACAUAUAUUCUUUAUUGUACCCUCUGAUGAAAGGAGUUGUGAGCUCUGAAUUCUGCUUUCCUAAAUUAAAUAGAUGCCUCUAUUCCUGGUCUAAUCUGAGAAGCCAAAUGUUAUUCUGGUUGUUCAACAGUGCUGCCUAUUUCUUGUGCUCACCCUCAGCUUUUUUGUUUUCAAUCUCCCAUGGAUUCCCCACUGUUUUCAUUCCGUUGUGUACCUGAUGCCCAGGCAAAUACAUAGAAAGAGUUGGGGAGGGGCAAGGGUUUCUCUUAAUUUAUUUUUGAGGCUUCUGAUUCUCUCGAUAUCCUCAACUUUUGAUUCAUGGCAGUGACUUGGGAGACAGGGCUGGCAGUUUGUCCUCCCCCCAAUUCAUCUUAAUCCUCUAUGCCUUGGCUGAUGUCUAAUAAACAUCCUGAGCUAGGUUAUUGGGAAUGUGGCCUAUUUCUUUUGUGGCAUAAGCUUGUACAGGGUAAGAGUAGAACAGGUGAAUCCUUAUAAAAGCUUGGUUCUGAAACCACUUGCACAGAGUUAUCUGGCAGUAUUCUUCCUCCCCAUCAGACUCGGGCUAAGAUUUAUUUGCCUGUUUCAUAAAGAUUUCAGCAAAAAGUUUAGAGAUUAAGUUUUCACUGACAUCACUUUGCUUUAAUUUUUCAAAUUUAUUAUUGAAUGCUAAAUCAUUUCUCUUAGCUGCCUUUUCUUCCCCAGCCCUAGAUCUGAGAGCCAUUGAUAUUAUGGUGUCUCUUGUUUACCUUAUGAGUAUUACCCUCAGAUCAACUCUCCUGGAUCAAAGCAUUAUGAAGACAGCAGACAUGAAGAUUCAGUCUUGGUUAAGUCAAAUACAGUUCAUUAAAACGUGGGAAUUUGGGGGGGUACCUUUGAGCUCACCAUAAUAGGGUGACUUGGUGGCUCCAAACAUUUGUUGUGCUAGAAAAGUCCAGAAUAAAAGAAGUAGGAAGUGCUAAUUA